CCACAUUUCACCAAGUCCAAUCACAGACCCUAUUAUGGUAAUAUCUGGAGUUUAGACAGGCUAUAGCAAAUAUAGGUAUAUAAAUAUUUAUAUAUAAGACGACGAGUGAAAUAUUUAAUUAACAGUUAGAUUUUCUUUCUUUUUUUUUUGUUUAGUCAUUCAUACAAUUCAACUGUUCACUAUGGCACAAACUAUACAAAAUCCAAUUAUCAUUGUAGGUGGUGGACUUGCUGGAUUAUCAGCCGCACAUCAACUGUACCUUCGAGGUGCUAAUGUUAUCCUUAUUGAUAAACAAGGAUUUUUAAGUGGUAAUAGUGGUAAGGCAACUUCUGGUAUAAAUGGUGCAUUAACUAGAACUCAAAUUGAUCUUGGUAUAAAAGAUAGUGUACAACAAUUUUAUAAUGAUACUUUAGCUACAGCAAAGGAUAGAGCUAAUCCAGAAUUAAUUAAAGUAUUAACUUAUAAUUCAGCUGAUGCAAUUCAUUGGUUACAAGAAAUAUUUAAUUUAGAUCUUACUAUUGUUUCAAGAUUAGGUGGACAAUCUCAACCUAGAACUCAUAGAGGUAAAGAUUCUAAAUUUCCUGGAAUGGCUAUAACUUAUCGUUUAUUAGAAACUUUAGAAUCUUUAAGUGAAUCUGAACCUCAUAGAGUUGUUAUUCUUAAAAAUUGUCAAGUAAUUGAUCUUUUAAAACAAGAUUCAAAUGAUUUUAUUGUUAAAGGUGUUAGAUAUAAAAAUUUGAAGGAUAAAUCAAAACAUGAAUUAUAUGGUCCAGUAAUUAUGGCAACAGGAGGUUAUGCAGCUGAUUUUACAAAGAAUUCUCUUUUAAAGAAAUAUAGACCAGAUAUUUUAAAUUUACCUUCAACUAAUGGUAAUCAUGCUACUGGUGAUGGUCAAAAAAUUAUUAUGAAAAAUAAAGGGGUAGGAAUUGAUUUAGAUAAAGUUCAAGUUCAUCCAACUGGAUUAAUUGAUCUUAAUGAUAAAGAUGCAAUUAAUGGUAUUAAACAACCAAGAUUUUUAUUCUUAGGUGCAGAAGCCUUAAGAGGUGAAGGUGGUUUAAUGUUUAAUUCUAAAGGUGAAAGAUUUGUUGAUGAAUUAGGUACAAGAGAUUAUGUUAGUGGAGAAAUGGAAAAACAAUUAAAAUUAGGUAAUGGACCAAUUAGAUUAGUAUUAACUGAAGAAGCAGAAAAGAAAUUAGAAUUUCAUGUAAAACAUUAUAAAUCAAGAAAUUUAAUGAAAACUAUUUCUGGUAAAGAAUUAUUACAAGAAUUAAAUUUACAAUCUAAUCCUAAAAAAUUACAAGAUCAAUUAGAAAUUUAUAAUAAAGCUGCUAAGGGUGAAAUUCCUGAUCCAUUUGAUAAGAAAUAUUUCCCUGCUACACCAUUUAAAUUUGAUAAUAAUGCAAAAUAUCAUGUAUCAUUUAUUACUAGAGUUUUACAUUUUACUAUGGGCGGAGUUAAGAUUAAUGACAAAUCACAAGUGUUAUAUUCAACUGGUGAAAAUGAGUAUGCACCAUUUGAAGGUUUAUAUGCUGCUGGUGAAUUGGCAGGUGGAGUUCAUGGUCAUAAUAGAUUAGGUGGUUCUUCAUUAUUAGCUUGUGUAGUUUAUGGAAGAUUAGCAGCAGAUCAGGCUACUAGUUAUUUUAUGCACAAGUUAAGUAGUAAAGAUGGAUCAGUUUCAUCUACUGAAUCAGAUGGAGCAAACGGAAGAUUACAAAUGAUCAAUUUACAUAUUGAUCCAAGAAAUCCUCAGCAAGUUACUAUUGAUUGGUCCAAUGUAGGAACAUCUGAUCCAAGUAAUGGUAGUAAUAAGCCUAUUGCUUCUAUUCCAACUCCUUCUGCACCAGCUCCAGCACCUGCUUCUGCUCCUGCUUCUGCUCCAUUUAAGCAAUUUGAGAUUCCAAGCAAGGAAUUCACUGAAGCUGAAAUUGCUAAACAUAACAAGCCUAAUGAUUGUUGGGUAAUUAUCAAGAAUGUAGUAUUGGAUUUGACUCCAUUCUUGAAAGAUCAUCCUGGUGGAGAACAAUCAAUUGCAAAUUUUGCAGGUAAAGAUGCCACUGAAAGCUUUGAAAUGUUACAUGAUGACAGUUUUAUUGAAAAAUAUACAAAGGAAUGUGUUUUAGGUAGAGUUAAAGGUAAAACUCCAGCAUUAGAAUUCUAAUAUAAAUAUAUAUAUAUAUUUAAAUAAGUAACAUGACUUGAGUUUAAAUAAGAUU